CGAAACUCUAGUCAAAAUUCAGUGAGCUAUGAGUGGACAACGACUGCUGAUCUUCGCGGCCAUUGGUUGCCUCUGGGCCACAGCGUUUUCGCUUCCGACCACCGGAAAUGAGGAGUUCGACGAGGGUUUGCCGGAAACGGAGUUCGACUACGAGGAGCGACACACUCGCGAAAUUCCAGCGCAGGCCUAUGCCGCUCCGGUCGUUUACAAUUCGAAGUCCAGCUAUUCGGUGCCGAAGAACCAAGGACACUCCGCUCCUGUAGCACCGGCUUAUUCACCAUCUGCAUCACCGAGCUACUCAGCGCCCGCAGCUCCCUCUUAUUCAUCACCUGCAUCAUCCAGCUAUUCAGCUCCAGCUCAAUCGUAUUCAGCACCUGCAGCUCCAUCCAGCUAUUCAGCGCCUGCAGCUCCAUCCAGCUAUUCAGCCCCUGCAGCUCCAGCUCAAUCGUAUUCCGCACCUGCUGCACCAUCCAGCUAUUCAGCACCUGCAGCUCCACCUCAAUCGUAUUCCGCACCUGCUGCACCUUCCAGCUAUUCAGCACCUGCAGCUCCAUCUUACUCACCACCUGCCUCAUCCAGCUAUUCAGCUCCAGCUCAAUCGUAUUCCGCACCUGCUGCACCAUCCAGCUAUUCAGCACCUGCGGCUCCAGCUCAAUCUUAUUCCGCACCUGCUGCUCCAUCCAGCUAUUCAGCACCUGCAGCUUCACCUCAAUCGUAUUCCGCACCCGCUGCACCUUCCAGCUAUUCAGCACCUGCAGCUCCCUCUUACUCACCACCUGCCUCAUCCAGCUAUUCAGCUCCAGCUCAAUCGUAUUCCGCACCUGCUGCUCCAUCCAGCUACUCAGCGCCUGCGGCUCCAGCUCAAUCGUAUUCCGCACCUGCUGCUCCAUCCAGCUAUUCAGCUCCUGCAGCUCCCGCUUAUUCACCACCUGCAUCAUCCAGCUAUUCUGCUCCAGCUCAAUCCUAUUCCGCACCUGCUGCUCCAUCCAGCUACUCAGCGCCUGCGGCUCCAGCUCAAUCUUAUUCCGCACCAGCUGCUCCGUCCAGCUACUCAGCGCCUGCGGCUCAAGCUCAAUCGUAUUCCGCACCUGCUGCUCCAUCCAGCUAUUCAGCGCCUGCUGCUCCAGCUCAAUCGUAUUCCGCACCUGCUGCUCCCUCUUACUCACCACCUGCAUCAUCCAGCUACUCAGCUCCAGCUCAUUCGUAUUCCGCACCAUCCAGCUAUUCAGCGCCUGCAGCUCCAGCUCAAUCGUAUUCCGCACCUGCAGCUCCCUCUUACUCAGCACCUGCCUCAUCCAGCUAUUCAGCUCCAGCUCAAUCUUAUUCCGCACCUGCAGCUCCAGCACAAUCGUAUUCCGCACCUGCUGCUUCGUCCAGCUAUUCAGCGCCUGCAGCGCCGUCUUAUUCCCAACCUGCAUCAUCAAGCUACUCUGCCGGACAUUCAGGUCGGGCGUAUUCCGCACCUGCAGCACCAAAAGCAUCAUCUGAAUAUUCAGCACCUGCAGCACCUGCGACUCCUUCGUAUUCGGCAUCGAAGACCUCGUCCUCUGCUGCACCUUCAGGUUAUUCAGCACCAGCAUCUUCCGGUUAUUCGGCACCAGCAAAGUCCGGUUAUUCAGCACCAGCCUCGAAAUCGUCAGGAUACGCUCGUUCUGAAAUGGAUCAUCAUAUUCUUGGUAUGGCAAGGACCGCUGCUGCCUACGGAUCUGCUGCUCCGGCGCCCGCUUACGGCGGAGCCUCGAUUCCAUCGCCUCCGUGCCCCAAAAAUUAUGUUUUCAGCUGCGGCAGCGUUUUUACACCAGCUCCUUGCAGCCAAGGAUACGGUUAUUAAACGUA